AUGGGUGAUAAUGCACUGACGGACAAUAAGGAGUUAAUGUCCACUGGAGAUCCACCUGCUUCCAGAGCAAUCUCCAAGUGUCUAGCUGCAGGAGAUGCCUCUCGCCAUCCUUCCAAACCCAUACGGAAGAAGGGUCCAGGGUCGUUUUCUCGGGAUGAUCUACUGGCUGUCACGGACCACUCAGACACGUUGAUGGAGCUCAAUCAGAAGUUUUUUCCUCUGGACUCUGACGACUACUCUAAGCUUGGUUACAACACCGUGUUUAAUGAAUCGACGAGGAGUACCAAUCUUUCAAGACUUACCUUCAGGAUCAGAUUGCUACAGCAAGAACUACGGAGCAAUAGCUGCUACAUAAAGUGCAACGUCAAGAGAAUAGGGCACGCAGGGCGGCAAUUGGAGGGAGCGUCACGACUCGCUGGAAGAUGGUGUCCGAGUUUAAAAGGGAAAAGCCAAAGACUGGUGUCCUAUCAAGGCAUAGAUGGUUUAUCGCGGGGUGAUGACUCAAGAAGCUCAACACGAGGGGAAGGCACCGCUGGCCUUUCCUGA